AUGCAGGGCCGAGGCGGCUGUGGCAACGGAGGGCGCGCCUCCAAGUGCUCACACGCCGGCUGGCGGAAGUGCAAACCCAGUCAGUGGCAUCGCCGCACCGGUGGGCGGUAUCGCCACUACGGUAAGUGGCAUUGCACUCCACGAUGCUCGCUCACUGCCUCCCAUGUCGUAGAAACGCCAUCAACGGCAUGUCCUGCAGAGGAGGCUGUGCACGAUGACCCACACGAAGAGGAUGAGCUUCUGCGGGGGAGCGAUUCGGGCGAUGACGCGGCCGAGUCGAGUGCCAUCGAGGCAGCUUCGGACGAGGACCAAGGCUACUGGAGCGACUCAACCGUGGAGUCGCUGUACCAGCGGUCCUCGCGGAAGGAGCCCGCCCAAAGGCCGAAACUUCUGUGA